AUGGCUGGCGGCGGCGGUGGCGGCGGUUCGAGCAGCGAUGCGGCAGUGGUGGCAGUACUGGCUCUGGGCAGUGUGGCAGCAGCGCGAACUGAUGUGACCGAGAAGGAAGCACGUAGUGCAUCGCAACCGCUAUCUUUCGAGCUUCGCGGAGAAGCCGAUAGCAGCGAGGAGGAAAUAGGCGAGCUGACGUAA